AUGGAAGACAGCGACGAAGACCAAGACUUGUUCGGAGCCGCGCCCGGCAAGGCAUCGCGACAAAGUGCCAAAGCGAGCUACCUGGCGAAAGCUCACUCGGCGGUGAUCGGCUACAGCUCAGACUCCCAGCUCCUCCACUUCGUGUACGACCUGUGGCUCUACACGACCAUCGGCGGUGCCAAAAACAGCGCCGGCACCAGCAGCGUGCGCGAAGCCUUAGCGACAAAGCCGUACUCGCCAGAGAUAUGGCGCACCUACCACACGGCCUUGGUGGACCUGCAGAAGCAGGUAGGGUGGCCCAGCCUCUUCAUCACCAUCGCCCCGUACGAAUGGUCGUUCCCCUACCAUCAGUGGCUGCAAGACGAGCUCACGAAGUCCCUGAGCGCCAGACUCGACAUGCCCGUUGCGGAGACACUGCACUUGGCGCAUGUCCUCACCCAGGCGGUCAAAGGUCUUCUCACCGGGGCCAACGAAGGGCUGCAGUCCAAACGAGAGCACAUCUUCUGUUCCGCAAAUGGACCAGGGAAAGUUCGGCACUGGGUGGCCAGGCUGGAGUUUCAAGAUGGGAAGCGCAAACGCAACGUUUUUAGACACGGUCAGUUCUACCACGGGCGAGGAGCCGUCCAUGUGCACAUACUUCUCUGGUUGAAGGACAUGCAAGCCAUGGACUUGUCCUCCAAAAUCCGUGCCGAUGUGCCCGGGGAAGACGAGCAGGAGAUGCGCGACCUCGUGGUGGGCUCACAACUGGACUACACGUCGAGCGGAUGGCCCGUUCGCGAAGAGCCCACAGAAGUGAUCGAGAAGGAGCAGCGACUGCGACUGCACCACCCGCGAGCAGCUUUCGAAAGAAGAUGUCGCGCCUACCUCCCAGACGUACUAGCUGCUCUUCGCUGUCAUGUAGAUGUGCAGGCAUCGGACGGCCGAGCCAUGGUGCUGAAGUACUGCGCAAGCUACCUGCCCAAGUUCAGUAGCUCCUUCGCGGCGGAGAUGCUCAACAAUGAGGCGACCGAUUUCUCUUUAGCAAGGCGAGUUCUGGCUGACUACCAUCCGCUCCAGCCGGAGAUGAUCAUGCAGCUCGCGGCACAGCAGCAUCCACAAUUUGUGUGUCCGGCGAACGUGCGCAAGUUCGUCGUUCCGGUUCCCUGGCAGAAAGACCCGCCGCAGAUCGUGCAGAGCUACAUGUCGAGCACCUGGAGGCGGGACAACAUGAGCCUCCUCGACUUUCUGCGGAAGUCGGGAUCUGACGGGCAGAUCUCGCAAAAGUAUCGCCGCGUGCACCGUGCGCGCAAGAUUGACAUGCCCCUCAAAGAUUGGAUCAACGUUCACCCGGCAGACGGCCAGACUCUCGUCGCCAGCAUCAUGUAUUCUCAUACCAACGAUCGGCACUACGGCCAGUGGCUCCUGCUCAAUGUGCCCUUCCGCAACAUCGACGACCUCUGGCACCCGCAGGUGGAGCUCCUACCAGAGAAUCUGCGAUACCUGGGCCUGUGCGUCCUGCAUCGCCGUCGUUUCUGGCGAGAUCCGGUCAAGAUCCGGUCAGAGCUGGAAAAGGAAGCGCGAAACGACUUGUACAUCCAAAAUACACUCGCCAUGCUGACCGCCAGGAUCGAGCUCAUCGACGCCUACCUUUCCGGGGACAUGACGGUCGAAAGAGAGGCGGCCCCUCCGCUGGACGGCGUUGCACGGGUGGCCCAUGCAGAAGUUCGAGUAGCACCGGAGCAAGCGACAGUGAUAAACGUCGUCGGUCGUCGAGUACAACAUGCAAUGGUAACCAAGUGGCCGGAGGAUCGGGAAGUCGAGGGCUGGGCCACUUGGUUGGAACAGGACGUCGCCGCGAAUAGUGUGACCGUCGUACUCGGACCGGCCGGCAGCGGAAAAAGCACGGCAGUGGAAAUCGCAUUGGACCGAGCUGUUCAAGCAGGUGCUCACGUCGGAGUUGCGUGUCCGACAGGCAUGCUGGCAACCCGGUACAGAGCACGUCAUCCGGAUCUGGACAUUGACACCGUGCAUGGCAUGUUCGCGCUGCACAAAGACGAACUCCAAACGGCCGACAUGAUGAAGAUCUAUGACAUGCUCGUGAUCGACGAAGUCGGCCAGCUGCCGGAGUGGAUUUUCGAAAGGUUGUUGCGACUGUGGGACGCCGCCGACCGUCGGACUGCCCUUGUGUUCGUGGGUGACUUCUGUCAGCUCUUAGGACCGGACGGCACCACGGCGAGAGACAGCUUCAGGUGGCGAGACAUGCACGUCCUGUACCUGCACGAGAUGCGUCGCUGUAAGUGCGAGAAACUCAAGUGGAAGCUGGAGCUGCUGCGAAAUACCCUGCCCAGUGGAAAACAAUUGAAGAAGAUUCUGAGAGGCCACCGUGCAAAUCUUCGAAGUCGAUCCGGCGUCAGUCAUGAUCUCAAUUCAGAGGACAUCGCCACCAUCCUGCAGGAAACCCCCCGGACGACCUUCAUCACCAUCACCCGUCGAGGAUCCGCCCGACUCAACCAGCUCGCCAUGCGUGCCCUCUUCGUGGACGCGGAAAUGCUCGACCGCAUACCGUGUGAUCCACAGGAGAACUUCGAGAAUUUCCGAGGCGCAGCGCAGGUGGCGGCAGAACCUUUCUGGAUGCCGGUCUAUCAGGGCAUGCGCGUGGUCAUCACCAGGAACACGGACAAGGAGAAUGGCUUCGUCAAUGGAAUGGGAGCAACGGUGCAGCGCAUGAGGCGAAGCGGCGUGCAGGUGAGGACGGACGCCGGGAAGGUUCUCUUGAUUCACCCCGUGACUCACGAAUGCCAGCUCUGCGAUGGAUCCAACAGCAGAACGACGGCCUUUCCACUGCGGCCGGGCUACAGCACCACCCUGCAUAAGAUUCAGGGUGCCACUCUGCCGCACGUCACCCUGUGGAUGGAUGUUCCUUUCGUGCGCGCAGCUCUCUAUGUGGCCCUCUCACGAGUUCAAUACGAUCGUGACUGGCGUUUCAUAGGGUCCAUAGACAGGCGACAUUGCCUGCCUGCGCGCCUCUAA